AUGAGUCAGAUACAUUUGAACAAUGAGAAUAUCGAUCUCUGCAGGAUUUGUUUGAUGGAACCAGAGUCCAACAGAAAUAUUGAGUUCGUAAACAUUUUCACAUCUUCUAUUGGAGAUUUAACAUUGAGACAAAAGUAUGAAGAACUAUUGGGAAUCGAAAUCGGUUCAAACGACGUUAAACCAAAAAUUAUAUGCAACAACUGUUACAAAUCAUUGUCAUCUUGGGAUAAGAUGAAAAGAAAAGCGGCCGAAUCUGAAACAAUUAUUAAUUACAUUGCUGUAAAAAAAUUUGGAGCUACUAACUCUGAAUCAAAUAAUAAGCUAUUGGACCACACACAACCAACAAGACCUCAAAUAAAUGAAAUCGAGAAAAACUACAUACUGACAUCACGACAGAAAAUUUUCACUUGUCUAAAACCUUCAUGCAAUUUAAUUUUCCAAUCAUUUAAAGUAUUUAGAAAACAUUAUCGUGAACAUUUUAAACUUCAGAAUGGUUUAGUGUGUUGGAAAUGUCGUAAAAUAUUUAAGGAUAAGGGAAAGAUUAGACGUCAUCAAUCAAAAGUUAAGAAUUGUCAUACUUCUGACAUGUAUAAAUGUUCAAAAUGUCCUGACAAAUUUGAUGAUAUGCAAUCUUUAAGUAUACAUAAAUUUACUUUUCAUGAUGGUGUUUUAGUAGCUGAUUUUGACUCUUGA